AUUCUUCCCUUUCCUCCAUUCUUUGUCUUAAAUUAUAGGAUAUAUCUUGUUCCUUCUAAAAGUGGUUACACCUACUAACAUUUGAAAAUUUCCUUUAAUUCUUCAACAAGGCAACAAUUAGCUACUGCUAAAAGAAGCUACAACACCACCCUGUUUUAUCAAACUUAAACUUGUUGGGUUCGAUUAUCUGCUUCAUCUUUCACAUACCAAAUGAACAGUUAGAGAAAAUGGCAUCAAUGGCAGUGAGAAUUAAUGCGACGCUAUACCUUCCAAGGCACAUUUUCAAGGCGGAGAAGAAUGACGGCAUUGAUGUGGCCACCCAAAUGGGAUUUUAUCCUUCGAGGGAUAGGGCAACGAACACAAGACAACACCGCAGAUUUUCGGUCAUGGCUAGUAGUUCUGUUAAUCCGAGAAGUCAUGUGGACAUGAUCAAUGGAAAGAAGGUUAAUGGGAUUCAUGUGGAAGAGGCUGGUUCAUUGUUAGGAAACAUGAGUAGUGGUAUUGAAUUAGUUAAAGAUAGAGGUAGUGAUGCAUCUCUUCAUUCAUGUUUACAUGGGAAAUUCGUGGAGGAUAGGUUUGUAUAUAGGCAGACAUUCGUUAUAAGGUCUUAUGAGAUUGGUCCUGACAAAACUGCCACCAUGGAGACACUGAUGAACCUUCUACAGGAGACAGCUCUGAAUCACGUGACAGGUUCUGGCCUUGCCGGAAAUGGUUUCGGGGCUACUCGUGAGAUGAGCCUCCGGAAACUUAUUUGGGUCGUCACACGAGUCCACAUUCAAGUUGAGAGAUACAGUCGCUGGGGAGAUGUUGUGGAAAUUGAUACUUGGGUGGAUGCAGCAGGCAAAAACGGAAUGCGCAGGGAUUGGAUUAUCCGAGACUAUCAUACUCAAGAAAUUAUUAGCAGAGCAACAAGCACUUGGGUGAUAAUGAAUAGAGAAACAAGAAGGUUGUCCAAGAUUCCUGAACAAGUGAGACAAGAGGUGGCGCCUUUCUACCUAAACAGAGCUGCAAUUGCCACUGAGAAAAUCGAUAGUGAGAAAAUUGACAAGCUUACUGAUGGAACUGCCGGGAGAAUCCGAUCAGGCUUAGCACCUAGAUGGAGUGACAUGGAUGCCAACCAGCAUGUAAACAAUGUGAAAUACAUUGGAUGGAUUCUUGAGAGCGUGCCACUCAAAGUGUUAAAAGAAUAUGACAUGACAAGCAUGACACUAGAGUUCCGAAGAGAAUGUAGGCAAUCCAAUUUGCUAGAAUCAUUGACGAGCACAACAGCAAGUUUGGCUCAUGAACAUCACUGCAACAACAGCAACAACAACUCGAUCAAUCGCAGACCAGACCUCCAGUACACACACCUGCUUCGGAUGCAAGCCGAUAAAGCAGAGAUAGUGCGAGCAAGAACAGAAUGGCAUGGCAAACAAAAACAUAAAUCGCAUUGAUUGACUUGAAUGCAGAAUUUGCAGAUUGAUUUUCACCCACUUGCAUUCGAUAGGGCAGAGAUGGUGCGAGCAAGAACAUAAUGGCAUGGCGAACAAAAACAUAUAUCGCAUUGAUAGACUUGAACUCAGAAUUUGCAGAUUGAUUUUCACCCACUUCAAUUUGUUUUCUUGAUUGUCAAGCUUUUUGAAUUGCUAGCUUGCCCAUCUGGGUUCGUUUCUACCACUUUUUUUUUUCUUCUGCGUGGUUGUAUUUUUUCAUCAGGCUGUGUUACAUUUUGCAAGUGAACUCCAUGUUUGACAGUGCAUUGCUUAGGAGCACUUGCCUCUUCAAUUUAUGUGAAUGAAAUAUUCACACACCAUUUCAGUA